CCUGUCAUUAGUCGUCCUCUUAUGAUUUUCCUUUGCUUUUUCUGUCACUUGGCUUCACCUCAGCGUUAAGCCAAUGUAGCCACCGCAAAGCCACCUCUGGCGCCUCCCAGCGGUACUCGAAAGAUGUCACAGAGCCACGGCAAUGCAGCGAUCUGAUUGGUAGCAGCUGAUCAAUCCCAGGCUUGCUAUUGGCUGGAAGUUAUCACGUGACAUUACGGAGGCGGUGCCGUAGUAUAAGGGUCCCUGCGCAGCGCUUGUUGUGUUGAGUGACAGUAGGGAGACACGUGCAGGGAGGGCUUGAAGCUUGUAACUCCGCUAUGAUCUCUAUACUAGUGAAUCUCUUCUAAUCACCGAUGAACUGCACCAGGGUUUACCACAUUUUCGACAACAGAUCGCUCCCAGCUGUGUCUAUUAUGCCAGUUGAUCUAGCCAUGAGACUCUGCCUGGCACAUUCCCCGCCCAUGAGGAAUUUCCUCGGCCCUUACGAAGCCUGCAGAGGGCUAAACGCCUCCAGCAGGCUCAAGCCGCUGCGGCCUUGCAUCAGUGUGAGAGCAGACGCUGACCCUUGCAACGACGCAUGGGGCCACCACGCCAGAGGCAAAAGGAAGAAGACGGUGGUGUUUGCGGAUGACAAGGGCUUCGCGCUCACGGCGGUUCACAUUUUCUCCGAAUUUAACGACUCGCUCACCGAGCUACAGUUUGAACUGACAGAUCUCGACAACGCAACCGAUGGACUGAAAAUCAACGAAAGGAAGCCGCUGGUCCUGGACUUCCCGCAGCCGUCCGCCGACUACCUGGAGUUCCGAAAUCGCCUGAUGAAGAACUUUGUCUGUCUGGAGAACUGUACUCUUCAGGAGAAAUCCAUCGCGGGCACUAUCGCUGUGAGGAAUCUGACUUACCAUAAAGUCGUUCAAAUCCGAAUUACGUUCGACGCUUGGAAGAGUUAUAAGGAUGUGGACUGUACAUUUCUAAACAAUAUUUAUGGCUGUUCUGACACAGACACGUUUUCUUUCGCUAUUGAUCUGCCACCCUCCAUCCCGCCGCAAGAGAGAAUCGAGUUCUGCAUCUCCUUUAGGAGCGGGGACCAAACCUACUGGGACAACAACGACGGCAAGAAUUACGGGAUUGUUCACGCCGAAUGGAAAUCGGAUGGGAUUCAGGCCCCGCUCGUCUUCAAAGACGAGGUGACGACGAAGACCUCCGGGAAGCUGCAGAUGAAUGAUUGCGACCAGUAUGGAAGCCCCCGAGCAUCGAGUGGCUUGGUUCCUGAAUGGCACAACUGGAGCAAGAUCGAGACGGCACUUCCGUACUGGUGACAGAUUAUAGUGUUGCUGUAGUGUUUGCUGGAGAGUUGCCUCAAUUUCCAUAUUAAACUUAUGAAAGCCAUGACGUGGAUCUGUAAGUCUCCCCCCCCCCCUCCCCAAUGAAUAACCACCAGCUUAACUUCCAACUAUCAAUGUUUUUAUUUUGCUUCCACGGACUGCAGGAGCAUUCGCAAAAUAGAUUAGUGGCUGAUCGCACCUAGCACUUAACAGUUAUCGCCAGCACCUAAUGUGGGUAAUAAGUACGUAAAAUAAGAAUUCGUAUUGGAUUCUGUGAUGUUAAACUGCUUUCUGGUAUUUUGUUGCUCUUGAUUAUUGAUCAGUUUGAAAACUGAACAAUUCAAGAAUGCAAAAAGAAAUUGCAUGGGGAGAACUUGGAGCACUUAAGUAGUGAUGAAGCUAGACUGAGAACUUUAUCGUUAGUCCAUGUUGGUGAGGUAGGGAACUUGCAUGCAAUGUCAGUGAUUAUAUUUGCCAAGAUGAGCCAUGGCAGACUAAAAUAGGCAUCAGCUAGAAACCCAUUGCACUUUAUAUAAAAGUUAAGUGCCUUCUUUGUUCAGUGAUUGGCACUACUAAAUAUUAAGAUGCUGUUACCAAGUCAAAUUUAAUGCAGCAAUGAGAAACUGAGUUUUGGUCAAAUCAACUGAUUUGGCUGAGUUGAAAAGUGGGCAGUAAAUUCGCCCUUCUGAUUUUUUUUUUGGGACUAACUGUUUUUUGCAUUUGUUAUUUCUUGAAAGGUGAAUUUCAAUUUCCUUUCCUGUUCCAAAGGACAACACUGGCUCCCAUUUUGCAUUCGGCUUUCUGUACUGAGUAGAUUGAAAGAAGCUCUGAUGGGAGGAGGUCCUGAGAACAGCUAAUGUGGUUGUGUUUAGCACAAAGCUAUACUUUAAAAAAAAUCUAAAAUAUAUUUUGGUUGUUAGUCCAGAAGUGUUGCUAAUCAUGAACAUUCAAUUCUUUUUGCUCUUGUGACCUCAUUCUUUGAUUUUUAUCUAGAUUUUAGGAAAGGGAUGGGUUGUGGUGGGAACCUGAUAAUCGGAGGUCUUUCUAAAUAACAAUCUGCCCUUUAGUAGCAAUGCUUUUAAAUAGCCAAAAUUAUAAUCUUUUGCACUGUUUUCAAAAACAUGAUUGUGGCACUGUAUUUUCUAACUGUAUGUACAUGAAGCUAUGAGGUCCUCUUGGAAGAAAUGCUCCUUCACAUUGAAGGUUAAAAGUUAAACUUGUAUUUGGUUACAAAUGGGUGCAUAACAAAAUUAAGAAACUUUCUGGAGGCAGUUAUAGUAUUUUGAUUUGUUCGGAACUUCAACCCAUGGCAAUAGUUUUCCCUCUCUUUUCCUCUAAUGACAUUAAUAUUGCCAGUGUAGGAGCACCAUUUAAUGACUGUAAACCCUAGCUUUAAAGGUUAUCCUUUUAAAGUUUAAGUCAUUUAUUUAGCCUUUUGAUCAGUAAUGCAAUGUGAUACAAACUUGGAUAAGGAGGAACACAUUUGCCUCACCUUAGCCAGAUCAUUUAGAAAAAGCUUGUUCUCUUCCUUGUAUUAGGGCAUGAAACUUUCAUAGAUAAUUAGUAUUUUACUUCCACUACCCAAAUGGGAAGUACACUCUAACUGGUACUUAGUCUUUUAAGGGAAAUUUAAGGAUUUAAGUUCAAAGUGGCUAUUUUGUCAAUUUGAAUGUAGAGUCCCUUUCCAUAACUUUCACAAUAUUCUCCUGAACAAAUAUAUCUUUCUAAAUUGUUCAGAGAUCCUAGUAUGCAUAUUCCACAAGUGCUAAGCAUCAUUGCUCUGAGUAGAAUUGGCCUUUCCAUGCCUCAAAGGCAUGGAUGUAUUCCUAACUGCCUCUUUGUUCCUUGGCAAUUGUGAUACCCAACCUGUUUAGGUGCAGUGCUUUUUAUACUGCCAUGUAUGGCCAGGCCUAUCAGUAAUACCUGAAAUUAAUUUCCUUGCACUAAAUUGCCAGCCAUCUUGAAAUUCAUCUCAAUACAAAUCCAUCCACUAUCUGGUAAAUACACCAUGUGGUUCCUUAUGCACACUGCUUCUGAUAGUGGAACCAAAUUUUGAAAGCAGAGUUCAAUGCCAGGAGAACUUGGCUUUCUGGUAUUUAACUUCAGGCAGUGGAUUUGGUUUAAAUUCACAAAUUAUCAUGAUGGAUUUUGAACCCUUGCUGCUUGAUUAUUAGUCCAGUAAUUAAGCACUAAUUUGGAAAGUUGUGUUCUGCGUCCAACCUCGUGAAUUGGAUACCUGUUGGUAAAUAAACCAGCAUAAAUUACAAUGUCUCUUUUUAUUUGCUUUUCGCAUGUGGAAAGCUGCUCUUCAGAUUUUUUUUUUUGCAACUUCCAGCUGCCUUUUUAAUUUUUCUUUUCUCAGCAAUAUAUUUGUGGGAUGGAUCCUUCAUAACCUGUUCCUUUGAUCCAAACAUCUUCACUGCUCCUGAUAUUUAAAACCUCUUUGCAGCAACUGAAACAUUCUGAUUAAUGUCAGAUUAUUACCCAUCUUGCUGCUUUGCACCUUGUCCAACUAAUAUACCCUUUGUACACCUUAGUGACCUCAUAUUGGUAACAUUUGUACACAUUUUAUAAAUUGGGCUUUCUGUCUGAAUCCAGUACUGACCCUCUGAAUUUAUUAGCCUACAGAAAUUGCUCCACAAAUUCCCUUCUAGAUGGUCCUCUUUCAGAGUGCUGAUGAGUAACCCAAUAUCAUCAAAGAGCACUUCAGUGCCUUUUGUCUGCUUUAACUGUUUGGUUGCAGCUUUUGUCUUUUAUUUCUUUGCUAGUCAAUGUGGUUGUGAUAUAGUUUGAAAUAUGAAUAUAAAUUCUGUUCCUACUGAAUGCUGUAGAUUUAAAGACAUUAUUGAAGUGAAAUGUGAAAGUGUCUGGAGUGGUUUAAAACAGGCUUGAUAACCAUUGAAAUAUUUUUCUACUGAGGUUUUGUGGUGAAAAGUAGGAUUCUGUAAUGGUGAGGGACAGUUUGAGGGGAAUAUAUUUUACUCAGUUGGAGAAGGAAAAUUGCCCAUUUUCUUUUCUACACUUUCCCCUCCAGUGAUUGUUGCAGUUAAUAGGAGAGAAGUUUAAAACCCACUAGUUUUCAUGGUAAUUUGAUUAGUUCUCAAGAUUAAUUCCAUUCUAUAAAAAGUGAAUUCUGAGUAAAAUGUACACCCUCCAGGCCUUCCCUUUUUAAGUAAAUGUUGUAUAAAGAAAAAUAAAUGCUUUAUAUUGUUCAACUACUUUGUCUCAGUAAUGUUUUGUGGACAAAAUUGCAAUCCUGCUGAUUUAUGGUAUUUUUAAACUUCUGCAGCUGAUUAGAUCAUUUCCUGUGAAGACUGGGUUUGAAAUUGGGACAGGAUAACUAACUUCACUGAUUUGGAUGGAUUAAGAUUGCAAAAUUGUUCCUUGUUCAAUGUGCUGACAUGCGUUGAAGUUCAUUGCAGAACAUCAUCCACAGUGGCAGGUUUUGUAUGUAUGGCUUAAUGAAAGAGUAGUGGGUUCUGAAUAGCAGUGACACCAGUUUGGCCAUAGAAAUAUUCUUUUAUUAUAACACUUCUGUUACCUGUAAACUUAAAUGUACAAGAUUCUAGAAUUUGGCUACCCAUCCACCUGAUUGGUACAGAUGUAUGUCUUCCAAGAAGUGAUGGGUCUUGUGUAUGAUUAACACAGUGCCCUUCUGCAGUGCAAGAAGUGCUCCAAUUGGGUUUGAUGCAGAAUAGAGUACAACUUGAGUCCACUGUCCUCAAGACAAAAAGAAUGUGGACUGUUAAUGCUAUGCAUGUUGAAACCCUAAGGGUGCAUAUACAACCAUAGAAAUACAGCAACUUAAAGCCCUGCAAAUAUCUGCAGAUUUUCUUCCUGCAGAGAAGUGAUUCAAAGCUAAACAAUGUGAAUGGUCUUGCUGGUUUCUUUAGAACUCUAUCCUUGGUGUGAGAUGUUUAGUACAUCUUGGUGCUCUUUUUUUCAUUGUGUAUUGUACUUGGUCAGUGUGUGUUAGUGAUUUACAUAUAUCCAGGAAACAAUGACAUUCAGAAUGCAACAGAUUCAUCCAUGUUCACAAAUGAGUGGCAUGCACUUUCCUCAGAUCAGUUGCAUAUUUGUUUUCAAAACCAAUUCUUGUUUGCAUUUGCCACAAAUUAAACGUGCUCCAUUCCAACCCACUCUUCCACAAUCACAUUCUUAGUGUGGUGACCAGAAUUGUAGAAGUAUUCUAGCUGUUUAGAAAUUUUAAAUAGCUAAAAUCUAAUCCCAAUUUUCCCUCUAUUUUCAACUUGAAAUUUGGCAUUGAGAUAAACAUUCUAAUUUAUGAUAACAUAGUAACUUUGCAUUUAUGGUCUUGUUUCAUAUACUGUUUCCACCCUUUUUUUUGCCUUGUAACAUUAUUCCUUAAGUGUUUCUUCUAUUUCCUAGUUCGGGUUCUGUGUUUUCAUGUAGGCCUUUAAUUCUUCAAUCUAAUGGGUUAAGAGAAUCUAGAUACUUUCCCUGUUUGCACAAAUCUGAUUUUUUUCCCCCCCCCCCCCCCCCCCUGUAAGUGAGAACAAUGCUGCAAUAGAUUUCAAAUUCCAAUACCUGAGUUAAAACUCAAAGACCAGAGCCAAGUGAAAUGAAUGAAUAACUCCUUUGGAAUCCAGGACACUGAGGAAAUUGACUUUCUCUGGAAAGGUAUGUGGCUUUUCCUGGAGUGAAUGUGUAAGAUGCUAAAGAUUCCUCAUUAGCACAUGUAGGUUGUCCAGCCAAUUUCUGCUUCCUGGCAUGACACUGUUUUAGAUCUUGUAAUGCCCUGCUGAAUUGCUAUCUGACCUUUUGGUACUUCUCAUUUUCCCCUGCACUCAUGUUGCUUAACCAAAAAGGUGAUGCUUCCCUGUGUUCUAUGUUAGUUGAGUAGCUUUCCCUUUCAGAUUUGGGGGAGGGGUGAGGAGAAGAUGAGAUGUAUACAUAACUUGAGUUGCAUCCCAUCAUAACCAAAGAAAACCAUACACCUGUUGGAGUUUGGGAAGAAAAUUGGGAAAGUAAACUAUACAAAUGAUUUCCUCCCCAAAAUGGCUUUUAAUACCACAGCAAGAAUUUCCUUGGAUGAGGUUUAAUUACAAAGCAACUGUUGGGGCUAUGCACUUCAUGCAAUUGCAGGGGAGUCUGGGCACUACCAACAUUAAUAUUAUUAAAAUGUCAGACUUGCCUGGUCUUUUUGUUAAUUGAAAGACUUUGCUUCCUCCUGAACUCAAACUUUCCAGAUGCAGCAAGUUACUAAACAAAACAAAUGCAUCCAACUAGGCACAGCGUUCAAAGGAAAGGGAAGGUGUUGAAGUGAAAGGGAGAUUAGUUAGUUUCAUGACAAAGUAAUAAUUUAAAAAAGUGGAAUUGAAUUCUCGUUCUAAUGCUGUAAAAGCUACCUCUAUCAAAGCAAUGCAAGUUCAAAAAAUGUACAUGUGGAGUAAUUAGAUUUCCACUUCUGACCUGAUUUCUAUGGCAUCAACCAGUACUAAGGCACAUUUUCAGCUGAAAGCCAUGACAAACACAUACUACUUCUAGAAGUGGAAGGUAACUUCUUAGAACCCAAGACUGGGAAAUAUUUUGUGCAAUAAAAUAGCAAAGAUGGUGGGUGAAACACUGACCUGUCUAUAUGAUGUGCAAAAACAAUGCAGAUGCUAGAAAUCUGAAGGGCAACCAACUUGAAAUAUUGAUCUAUUUCUAUCUCCAAAAAUGUCACCUGACAAGGUGAGUGUUUCUAAUAUCCUGACUUUUUGUGAGCACUUGAGCUCCUUUUUAAAAAAAAAAUGAGUAUAUCAAUUCCUUAACAUAAUUUGCAUAUUUGCUGAUGUGCUAACUAAAUUUGCACCACCUGGUCCAAAAGAGGAAAUUAAUUUAAAAACAUAAGGAAAAGGUUGUCAAUAUUUCCUUUUAUGCAUCUGAGGACUAAUGCUGUUGACUUUGCUGUUCUAUCAUGUUGGUAACACUUCUAAAGAUGUGCUUCAAAUUACUAGUCCUUGUGAUUAUUAAAAUGGCACUUAUCAGAAAGGGUUGCAAAUGGUCUAUUUAUAGUUAUUGCAUUAAAGUAAAACUGCAUGAGUUUUCUCAGUCACAGGGAACAAUUUAAACAUUGUUUUUCCAGAAUGGAUGUAUUGACUGAUUUUUAAAGAAUUGGGAUCCACUCCCAGUGUUGCAGGUCAUUAGAAUAAUUUUGAUGGCACCUUAUUUACAUUUGACAAGGAAGUUCUUGUGUAUUUCCAGUGCUAAUAUGCAACUUGCUGCAAUGGAGUAUUCAAUGUAUUUCACUGUUUUGAUGUACAUGUGACUAAUAAAGAUAUUAUCUUUUAU